AUGAGCCACAUCUACGGCAGCCACCUCUCCCCCAUGGGCAGCCCCUCCAUGGUGUACCUCCCGGCCGCCCUGGGCUUCGCCCCCAGCGGUACGAUCUCCCGGCAGGACCCCCCGCAGAAGCCCCCCUACAGCUACAUCGCCCUCAUCGCCAUGGCCAUCAAAGAAGCUCCGGAGCAGAAGGUGACCCUCAGCGGCAUCUACCAGUUCAUCAUGGACCGCUUCCCCUUCUAUCACGACAAUAAGCAGGGCUGGCAGAACAGCAUCCGCCACAACCUCUCCCUCAACGACUGCUUCGUCAAGGUGCCGCGGGAGAAGGGACGGCCCGGCAAGGGCAGCUACUGGACCCUGGACCCCCGGUGCCUGGACAUGUUCGAGAACGGCAACUACCGCCGGAGGAAGAGGAAGCCCAAAGCCCCGGGGCCACCGGAGGCGAAGGGCGGCGCGGCCCCCGCGGACGGCGAGCAGCCGGGGCCGGCCGCUCGCCCCGACGAACCCAAGAGGGCCAAAGGGAGCGCGGCGGCGGACUCGGGCGACGAGGGGGUCCCCAGGCCGGGCGGGGGGGAAACGGCCUCCCCCGGGGGUCCUCCCCGCUGCGCCGGCGCCCCGGCCCCCGCCGCCGCCGCCGCCGCCCCGCCGCCCAAGAGCGGCCCGCGGGGCCGCAGCUUCAGCAUCGAGAGCAUCCUCGCCCAGGGGCUGAGGCAGCCCCCCCCCGGGGCAGCCCCCAAGGCGGCCCGGGAGAGCCCCGUCGGUUGCCUCGGCGGCUCCCUGGUCGCCAGCGGCGGCUUCGGCCCGGCCCUCAAUGCCUCCCUCAUGCUCGACUCCCAGGUGCACGGGAGGCUUUACCACAUCGGCAUCCCCUUCCUCUCCUGCUUCCCUCUCCACUUCUCCGAGGCGGUAUUUAAUUUCCAGUAG